AUGUUAGAAGCUAAAUUCGAAGAAGCAUCCCUUUUCAAAAGAAUCAUCGACGGUUUCAAAGACUGUGUCCAAUUGGUCAAUUUCCAAUGUAAGGAAGAUGGUAUCAUUGCCCAAGCUGUCGACGACUCAAGAGUUUUGUUGGUCUCUUUGGAGAUCGGUGUCGAAGCCUUCCAAGAAUAUAGAUGUGAUCAUCCUGUCACACUGGGUAUGGAUUUGACCUCGCUAAGUAAGAUUCUACGUUGCGGUAACAACACCGACACUUUAACGUUAAUUGCUGACAACACACCGGACUCCAUCAUCCUAUUAUUCGAAGAUACGAAAAAGGACCGUAUAGCGGAGUAUUCCCUGAAAUUGAUGGAUAUCGAUGCUGAUUUCUUGAAGAUUGAAGAGUUACAAUACGAUUCAACCUUAUCCUUACCAUCAUCCGAAUUCUCCAAGAUCGUUCGUGAUUUGUCUCAACUGRGCGAUUCUAUUAAUAUCAUGAUCACUAAGGAAACAAUCAAGUUCGUAGCGGAUGGUGAUAUCGGUUCAGGAUCCGUCAUAAUAAAACCAUUUGUUGACAUGGAACAUCCUGAAACAAGCAUCAAAUUGGAAAUGGACCAACCCGUAGAUUUGACAUUCGGUGCUAAGUACUUAUUAGAUAUCAUCAAGGGUUCCUCCCUUUCCGAUAGAGUCGGUAUCAGACUAUCCAGUGAAGCUCCUGCUUUGUUCCAAUUCGAUUUGAAGAGUGGAUUCCUACAAUUCUUCUUGGCUCCUAAAUUUAAUGACGAAGAGUAA